AAAUAACACCUGUUAAAAGACCUAAUUUUGUUUUUAACACCUUAAGAUUUCGAAGUUUAAUUAUAACACCUGUUAAAAAAUAAAAAUUUUGCUUUCACCACCAGAUAACAGAAACUGUGACGGAAUUUUUUGGUGGGGCCCACAUAGUCGUUUACCCUCCAAAUUCCAUCCCCUUCAAUUCGAAUUUAUCUUCUCUGUCAUUUAUUACCACCCAACUAAUUUUGCUUCAUUGAAUUUCGUCUGCAAAUCUUGAACAACCAAAAUUACUGCGAACAUUCAAACCCUAUACUGAUUAUUGUGAUUGAGAAAUUGAGUUGGAAGAGGAGGUGUCAAUAUUGGAGCGAAACAAGUCAGCGAGAUUCCGUCAGCCAUUUCCAACAUCCAAAAAGCUUGGACUUUUUCGUGGAUUCUGACAGCAACAGGAGUAAGAUUCCAAUACAGGGACUGGUUGAAGCUCUGUCUGAAGUUGUGCCUAAUGCAGAGACUAGGUUCUGUGUUAGGCACAUUUGGGCAAAUUUCAAGUUGAAGUUCACUGGAUCAGUUUUCAAAGAGCUCUUUUGGAGUGCUGCAAGAGCAACAACAUUUGUUGAGUUUCAGAUAGCCAUGCAACAGAUUAGGGAGCUUGAUGAGGAUGCUUACAAUUAUUUGGAGAACAUCCCCACUCAUCACUGGUGCAGACAUGCAUUCAGUGACAGUUGCAGGUCCAACAUGUUACUAAACAACAUGUGUGAGACUUUCAACUCUGUUAUCAGAGAUGCAAGAGACAAACCUAUCCUCACCCAAAUGGAAUGGAUGAGGAGGUACAUGAUGAGGAGAAAUAAUGAGAAGUGGGAGGACUCCAAGGAAAUCACAACCAACAUCACUCCAUAUGUGCAUAAGCUAUUUCAGAGGAUGAGCUAUGUGGCUAGGAAUUGCAUAAUUGAAGCUGCCAGGGAUGACACUUAUGAAGUGCAGCUGAAUGAUGACCAGGUUCUAGUUGACUUGCCAAAUUGGUCUUGUUCCUGCAAUCACUGGCAAUUAACAGGCAUCCCAUGUAUUCAUGCAUUUGCAUGCAUAAUGGAUCAGAGGGUUGAUGCUGAGCAGUUUGUCCACCCCUAUUACACUAUGGACACUUACAGAGCAGCAUAUGAGCCUGCAAUUCAACCUAUGCCAGGCCCAAAGCAUUGGGAGAGAGUGAACAUGAGAGAGCCUCAUCCACCAGCAUUCAAACAGCAGCCUGGAAGACCUAAACAGAAGAAGAGGAAGCUGGAACCUGGGGAGGGAACAUCUGCAACAGGAGGGGAGCAGGGAAGAAAGAGGAGGAAAAGUCAGUGUAGGAUUUGUGGUGGAUUUGGCCACUAUCCCAAGACUUGCAAGGGCCCACAUGAACCUGAACCAACUGAGCAGAGAACUGCAGGAAGGCCUCCUUUAAAUUCACCUUGGGUAGUUGAGCAAAGGAAGAAGAGGGAGAUCAAAGCUGCUAAGAAGAGUGCAAUAGGGGCUGGUCCAAACAGCAUUGGGAAUAGGACUUUUCCCCAAGAGCAACCUGGCUGUGAACCAUUGAGUAAGAGGAAAGGUUCACACAGUCAACAAGGGCAGCCACAAGCCAAGCAUCACACCACCCCCUCUUCCAGCCAACCUGAACCCAAUGCUACUGGAGUGCAGACAAGGAGGGCUAAGUUGCUGACUUCCAGACAAGGAGGGCUGACACAAUGA